UGCUCGGCGUGCGCAGUCCAGCACCUAAACCUAGAACCAUCAAUAGCUGACCCCAUAAACCCUUUCUUCCACCGCCGCCGUCGCCCAACGCCCCAACCCCAGCAGCCUCCCUCCAACUCCAACGACCUUCAACGAGCCCCUCCUCCCUCUACUGCGAAACAUAGGAGGUUGGUCUAGGCUGCAGGAAGCACAGCCCAGUCUAGUUUAGCGUCGUAUUCCAUGGGGGGGAAGAAGAAGAACAAGGUCAUCCCCGCGCCGCCGCUGCCGCCUGAAGUCGACGACGAUGAGGUCCUGGUCUCUGACGAGGAUGUCGAUUUCGUCGAGGAAAAUAGGGACCACAUCCACUUGAUCACGGGGAUCGACAAGAACUCCCUCAACGAAGUCGUCAACAAGCUCGCCGCCGCCCGCGAGGAGGACAAGCUCGAGCGCCUCUACGAGGAGCGCGAACGAAAGAGGAAGGCGGCCGAAGCCCUGAAACCCAGGAACGACGAUGAUCUGGAGGUGGACCGCGUCGACGCGCUCCCUGUCAAGACGCUGCAGGGGGAGCUAGUUUACAAAACCGCCAAGAGAGUAAGGUCUGAAGAUAAAGAUAAUGGUGUUGAAUCCAAAUCUGAAGACAAUGGUGCUGAUCCCAAGCAAAGGUUCCAAAAAGAACGUAAGGGGAGAUCCAACAAAAAGGAAGAUGGUAAAAUGCAGCAUGUGCAACCUCCAGUUAAAGUUGCGAAGGAAAAACUGCACACCGUAGUGCUGGAAGAGGUGAAGGAAGAACUUUCUGCUGAGGAAUUGUUUGAGAAAAAGAAGGCUAAGCUUGCUGAAAUAGGGAUGGCCAUGCUUGAAGAUCCUGAAUCAAACAUUAGAUCUCUGAAUGAUUUGCUAAUUAUGUGCAACGAUGCAGACCAAAAGGUUGUUAAACUUGGUCUAAUGUCCUUGCUUGCUGUCUUUAGGGACAUAAUUCCAAGUUAUCGGAUUAGGCAGCUGACAGAAAAAGAACUUGCCGUAGAAGUUUCCAAAGAAGUGAAGAAGACAAGAUAUUAUGAAUACACACUUAUUCGCUCAUACAAGGCAUACCUUCAGAAAUUGAUAUCAUUGGAGAAGCAACCCUAUUUUUAUCAUGUGGCUGUUCGUUGCAUGUGUAGUUUAUUAGAUGCUGCUCCACACUUUAACUUCCGUGAAAGUUUACUGGCUAGUGUGAUAAAAAAUUUAAGCUCCUCGAAUAAUGUAGCAAGGAAACUAUGUUGUGAAGCGAUAAGAUCUCUGUUUAGAACUGAGGGAAAACAUCGUGGUGAGGCAACUAUUGAAGCAGUAAGAUUGAUAGCAGCUCAUGUCAAGCUCAAUGAUUGCCAGCUCCAUCCUGAUAGCAUUGAGGUCUGCCUGUCUUUGAAGUUCGAUGAAGAUCUUGGAAAAGAUGAGAGCAAGCAAGAAAGAGUAAAACCAAAGAAGAAUAAACGAUAUCAGAAUCGGGAUGUCACAAAACCGAGUGAUAAGAAGAAAAUCAGAAAGGAACUACUUUCCAAGGCUAGAGAAGAGGUUCAUGCAGAUCUUAGAGCUGUUUCUUUUACUCUUGAUCCAAAGGAGAGGAAAAUGAUACAAAGGGAAACACUGUCGGCUCUUUUUGAAACUUAUUUUCGGAUUUUGAAGCAUAGCUUGAGCACUUCAAAUUCAAGGUACAAGGCCACAAGUGUUUCCCCUGGUGGCUCGCACCCUUUACUUGCUCCAUGCUUGGAGGGCUUAGGAAAAUUCUCACAUUUAAUUGAUUUGGAUUUCAUGAGUGAACUUAUUACUUGCCUUAAGAAGCUUUCUGGGUAUACAGAUCAACAAGAUGAAAUUUCCCAGGAUAAUGGACUCUCUGUGUCAGAACGUCUACAAUGCUGCAUAGUUGCUUUUAAAGUCUGGAGGAGCAAUCUUGAGGCUUUGAAUGUAGACCUGCAGGAUUUCUUUGUGCAGCUUUAUAACCUUAUACUGGAGUAUCGACCUGACAGAGAUAAUGGUGAGGUAUUGGCCGAUGCUCUGAAAACUCUGCUGUGGGAAGGCAAGCAGCAGGAUAUGCUAAGAGCAGCUGCUUUCAUUAAACGCCUGGCCACAUUUGCUCUGUCAUUUGGCUCGGCCGAAGCCAUUGCAGCAUUGAUCACACUGAAGCAUCUUCUCCAGAAGAAUAGCAAGUGCCGAAACAUGCUGGAAAAUGAUGCUGGCGGUGGUUCCCUGUCUAGUUUAGUUGCGAAAUAUGAGCCGGAGGCUAAAGAUCCUUAUCUGAGUGGUGCACUAGCUUCAGUGCUUUGGGAGCUUAGCCUUCUGCAGAAGCAUCAUGAUAAAACAGUUUCUGCGAUGGCUUCAAACAUCCUGAGCAUGGCGAAUCUGCAUGCUACCCAGAACCCAGUUCAACUCUCUAGUGCAAAUCCUCUGGAAGCAUACAAUGAAUUGUCUGUACUUCAGGAAUUAUCAAAACCAGCUAACAAGGUGUCAUCGCUGAAGUGCAGAAGGAAGCGACGGGCCAAGGAGUUCGUUGCUCUAAGCCCCGAUGUGCUUGAGAAGGCAGAUUGCUCAUUGAGCGAUGGAGAACUCAAAGAGAAGUUACGGAGUCAUUUUGCGGUACUACGAGGCAUCUCAAAGAACGAGAGGUUGAGGAUUGACUUGAACCAUACGUUGUCAUCCAUUAACCUGUACAAGGAAUACAAGAGGCUGAAAAAGAAAGCAAAAAAAUCGAAGACUGGUAGGAAAAAGGCUGCAAGGGCUUAAGUCGUGUUGAGUUCUUGGGUUUUUGUUUCCCAAACCAGCAAUCAAAUGUAUGCGGCAAUUUUGGCGUGGUGUUGCUACACUGGUUUGUUAAUGCAUACUUGGUUCCUGUCGACACAUUUGCAGUUCGUGUGCAUAAACAAACAUGAUGAUUUUGCAUAGAAUGCUUCUGUUUUGAUGUGCU